AAGUCAGAGGAAAUCCCGACCAGUUCCAAGGAAUUGUCGGUGUUACCUCAGGGCAAAGAUCCAGCCUGGUGGGAUAUUUCAACGUUUUCAAAAGACGAUAAUAAAGGUGGUUUGGUAUGCGAAUCGUCGUUUGCAAGUCUCUUUCCGAAGUAUCGCGAGAAAUACUUGAGGGAAUGCUGGCCGUUAGUGCAGAAAACAUUUUCUGAGCAUUUUUUGAAAGGCGAAUUGGAUGUGCUCGAAGGUACGAUGAUCGUGCGAACCACCAGAAAGACGUGGGACCCUUAUAUUAUUAUAAAGGCUCGAGAUGUACUGAAACUGCUGGCCAGAAGCGUGCCUUACGAACAGGCCGUACGGGUUCUGAAUGAUGACAUCUCGUCAGAUAUUAUCAAGAUCAGUUCGCUGGUCUCAAAUAAAGAGAAAUUCGUCAAGCGACGGGCAAGAUUGGUUGGAAGUAAUGGUGCUACUCUGAAAGCAAUUGAACUGCUGACUCAGUGUUAUGUGAUGAUUCAAGGAGGCACAGUGGCUGCAGUGGGACCGUAUCAGAUGCAAUCAUCGCAGUCCACAAAUGAAGCUAAGAAGAAGAAAUCAGCGAAAUGGAAGAAGAAGAGUGAAUACACACCAUUCCCACCGGAGCCAGUUCUGAGCAAGGUUGAUAAACAACUGGAGAGUGGUGAAUACUUCAUGAACGAGCGUACGAAGCAGUUGGAGAAACGUAACGCGAAAUAUGCACGACAGAACGAGAAAGCCAUCGAGCGUCAACACCAUCGAGCAUCGUUGUUCACGCCGAAGGAGGAGAAACCCCGAACGAAAUCGUCACUGAAACGAUCGUCGAAAGAUGAUACGAAUGUGAAUCUGGAGAACCUCAAACAGAAAGCAUCAAAGAAGUUGAAGAAGGAGGAAUGA